CGAAGCAUUGACGCUGAAAAGUUAUUUCAAAUCGAACAUACUUCCGCCAAAGCCGGCAACAAAAUUAUUAAAUAGUGAAAAAUCACUUCCAAUGAGCGCGAGAAAGGACGCCUCCGAAGCGAACUCCCUCAGCUCCAGCAGCGAUGGCGGCGGCAACGUAAUCAAAAUCUUGGACGUUGAGAAAAUAGCAUCAGCCAAGGAUAAACGUCCUGGCACCCGCAUGAAACUGCUCAACGAUGUGACAGCGGCUAAGACAAAAAUCUCUGCACGCGUCAAGCAAGAGAAACGCACCAGCAUCAAAAUACUCAACAACGAUGAUUCAGCGAACAGUCCCAAAGGCAGUAGCGAUAGGCGCUCUGCUGGUAAAGCAGCGACUGCAACAGCUGGCGUCAAGAUCUUAAAUGAGAAACGCAUUGCGCCAGCCUCGACGCCCGUGGAGACGACCAAGAUUAAGACAUCGCCCGGUAAAAAGAAGAAAAUGGAUCACUAUGUGCUGCAAGCCAUCAAGAGUGAGAACAGCAAAUUGGACAAUACGACGACCAGCAGCGUGGAGAUCGAGGAUGAUGACGAUACCAUUGAUUUUAUACUCGCCGACGACGAUGUCGAGUUGGGUGCCGCCAAGGAGAACGACGAUGAGUUCGUUGUUUCCGGUGUGGAGGAAGACGACGACGACGAUGAUGAUGAGGAUGAGGGCACCGCUGAGGGCACUGGUACAACGAAUCGCAAUGCCGGCAACAACAGUGAACUCAAGGAGAUUUUGGAGCAUGUGUGCGGCAAGUGCUACAAGACAUUCCGGCGCGUCAAAAGCCUGAAGAAGCACUUGGAAUUCUGCCGCUAUGACAGUGGGUAUCAUCUGCGCAAAGCGGACAUGCUCAACAAUCUGGAGAAGAUCGAAAAGGAUGCAGUGGUCAUGGAGAAGAAGGACAUCUGCUUCUGCUGCAGCGAGAGUUACGACACCUUCCACCUGGGCCACAUCAAUUGCCCUGACUGCCCCAAGUCGUUCAAGACACAAACCAGCUACGAGCGUCACAUCUUCAUCACUCAUUCCGAGUGCAAUGAUUAUCCCUGCUCCAUAUGCAAUGCGAAAUUGCGCAGCGCUGCCUUACUCAAACUGCACGAGCAGCAGCAUCAAUUGCGUGGCAAACCCUUCGCCUGCAAGAUCUGUGGCAAGGAUUUUACGCGCUCCUACCACCUGAAGCGCCACCAGAAGUAUUCGUCGUGCUCGGCCAACGAAAAUGAUACCAUGAGCUGCAAGGUCUGCGAUCGCGUAUUCUAUCGCCUCGACAAUCUGCGCGCCCAUCUCAAACAGCAUCUGGGCACCCAGGUGGUCAAGAAGCCCGAGUACAUGUGUCAUGUGUGCAAGAAUUGCUUCUACAGUCUGUCGACGCUCAACAUACACAUACGCACCCACACUGGAGAGAAGCCCUUCGAUUGCGAUCUGUGCGACAAGAAGUUUUCCGCCUUGGUGGCUCUUAAGAAGCAUCGACGCUAUCACACCGGCGAGAAACCCUACACCUGUUCAGUGUGUAGUCAAUCUUUUGCCGUCAAGGAGGUGCUCAAUCGACACAUGAAACGGCAUACGGGCGAGCGUCCACACAAGUGCAACGAGUGCGGCAAGAGCUUUAUUCAGGCCACACAGCUGCGCACGCAUUCCAAGACGCAUCUGCGUCCCUAUCCCUGCUCCAAGUGCACCGAAAAGUUUAAGACAGAGAAACAACUCGAGCGUCACGUCAAGGAGCAUUCGCGGCAGAAGCGUCGCUCCUUUCCCUGCACGGAAUGUCCCCGAAGUUUCCGCACUAGCGCGCUGCUGCAGGAGCAUGUUGAUUCUGGCGAUCACUCACCUGAUAAGCAGGUGAGGGCCAAGCGCUCGGCCAAGGCGAUCGAGCGCACCGAUUGCGCCAUCUGCGACAAGAACUUCGACAGCACCGAUACGCUGAGGAAUCACAUUCGCAGCGUGCACGAGUGCGACCCGGAUGACAUUUUUGGCACGGAUCCACCGCCCGCAAAGCGACGGGCUAAGAAGACCGUCCAAUUUGUGGCACCGAUAGAGCAGGACGAGGACGAAGACGAAGAAGAAGACGCUGAGCACGAUGAAAGGGAAGAUGCGCCGGCUGCCAACACUUCGGCGGGUUCGCUCAUCUCCAGCCAAACGGAUGGCAAUGGGGUUGUGGUGCGCGAGUUUCUGGUGGAUGAGGGUGACGGCAGCGCCCAGACAAUUGUCCUCGAAAAUGAGGUGUACACCAUAUUGCCCUUGGAGGGUGCCGCCUCCGGUGCAACCGAAGCGACAUCAGCUGAGGGCGAUGUCAAGGCCGAAUCCAAGGAGAAGCAAAAACAGGUCGUGUCGCCAGUGGUCAAGAAGGAACAACGGAAAUCGUUGGCGGCCAGUUUGGCUGCUGCCAUAGCGGAUAAUCAGGAUGAGCCGUUGAGCGAAGAUGAUUUCAGUGGCGAGGUGCUCACCGAAGAGGAUCUAAAGCUAAAGGAGAACAUAGCCAAGCUAAUUGAUAUGCUCGUCGAUCCGCAGACACUCAAGAAAUACGGCUGGCCGAACAGCACCGAGGAGUCGGUGCUCUGCAAGGUCAUCGAGAACUGUGGCCACGAUCUGGAAAAGGGUGGCGAGAACUAUGCCGAAUUGGAUUACGGCAGUCGCAUGCGUGAAUAUUGCAAGCUCCUCUUCACAGUGGUGAUACACAAUGACUCGAUUAAGUCGCUGCUCAACAAUUUUCCCAUCGACGAUGUCAUUGAGUAUGUGCUCGGCGAUGAGGAUCAGGAACAGGAGCAGGACCCGGACAUGGAAAAGGACAAGGAAAAGGGCAAAGACAAGGAGACUGAGCAAUCAAACACGGACACUAGGCCGGAUGCCGUUGAAACCGAUGCCUAAAAAUCCACAUUCGUCGUUUGUAAAUAUAAAUAUAAAUAUAUUUAUAGGCUGUAUUCACAGUGGGACAAAUACAAUUAUUUUGCACGCAUUGCCCACUGUGAAUGGGUCCAAAUAUUAGUUUUUUUCACACACGUUUCGGUUUCGGUUUGAACACUAAGUGACCUUAGAUAAUGAAAAUGAUGAUGAUGUUUACCACCCAUUGAACUGUUAUUCUACAAUAUAUACAAUCAAUUUAUAAUAUU